AUCGACGUAUUUUCGGUGAAUGUUUUGUUGAGGCUUGUAAAUCAAUUUGUGGAUACCUAUGCUUUGUAUUGCGUCAGCUUGUCGGAGUAUAUGGUCUAUAUUAUGCACCAGAAGUGAUUUCAAGGUGGAAAAGAUAGUUUGUUUUGAAAACUUACACAGAAAUGGGACGAUCACAGGAAUCAAGGCCUUUCCUUCCAAUUCGUGAAGAACUCGAGUUCGAAAGUGAAGAACAGCUCAGCAUUCGAAACAGUUUUAACUCGUGUUUAUUAAAUCAAAGAACGAAGAGGAGAGUUGCUUUUGUAUUGACUGCUGCUGCGUUCGUUGCCAUUCUCUCAGGCUUACUGUACUAUUAUUUCUCUCGAAAAGUCAAGGAAUACGAACAGAUCUUAUUAGAGGAAAAUCAACAUAUGAAAGUGACGAUCAAAGCUGGUGUCAUACGCGGUAAAUUUGAGGGUGAUGCUGUCGUGUUUAAAGGAAUUCCUUAUGCAAAACCGCCCGUUGAUAAUUUACGCUGGAAAGCUCCGGUUUCGUGUGACGAGAAUGUAAAUAAGUGCUGGAAUGGAACUCUGGAUGCAAGUGAAUUUGGAAGUUGGUGUGCACAGCAAGAUGUGCUGCACACUCCAGACCCAACCAAAGUCAUAGGCAGUGAGGACUGUCUGUUUAUUAAUGUAUGGACACCGAAACACAGAUCAACUGGAAUACUUCUCCCUGUUCUAGUUUACAUUCAUGGUGGAUUUUUGAUGUACUCCUCUGGGGAUUGGAAUGGACUUCACCCCCAACCUGAAAUGGUUUCAGAGAUGAAUAUUGUUGGAGUGUCUUUCAAUUACAGAUUAAAUGCAUUUGGUUUUCUUGCCUUAAAGUCCUUAGCAGAGGCAUCACCAAGCAAAAGUACAGGAAACUAUGGCUUCAUGGACCAGAUAUUAGCUUUAAAGUGGGUGAGGGCUAACAUCCAUAAAUUUGGUGGUGAUCCAAAAUCUGUUACUCUGAUUGGACAAAGCUCUGGUGGUACAUCUGAACUGGCUUUGCUUGCCUCCCCUAGUGCUGCCGGGUUAUUCCAUCGAGCAAUUGUCAUGAGUGCCUCAGCUGUUUAUAACAAAUCAUGGGAAGAUGCUGCAAAUGACAACAAAAUUUUCAUAAAAAAUUGUGAUUGUGUGAGAAACAGUUCAGCAGCUGAGAGAGACUGUUUAUAUCAGCUUACUACUGAAAAACUGGAAGCAGCCAUCCCAUGGGAUGUAUACCCAUUUUGGCGCAUGUCUGACUCUAUGGAUCUGCCACAAAAAAACCUGUUUGAUGGGGCAGUUGCUGUUGUUGACAAUGUUGUGGUUCCCAAGCCUCCUCUUCUUGCCAUGGUAGAAGGAGAAGCAAAUGAUGUCCCUUUAAUUAUUGGGACAACAGGGCAGGAGAUAAAUAUUAAGCCUGUGAUGGAUUUUUCUAAUUCUACUUGGGAAGACUACAGUACUUAUGUAAAGCAAAAGUUGGCUCCUUUUAUUGGAAAGAAUGUUAGCAUGGUUCUUGCCUUGUAUAACAAAAGUGAGCUUAGUAAGGAACCUCUCUCUCCUCAGUUUUCUUAUUCAUCCAUGGCCUCUGAUAUACGACUUUCUUGCCCAAAUGAUGUGUUUGCCUCCAAAGCAUCUCAAGGUUUUAAGAGCCCAGUUUAUAGAUAUGUGGUUACAAGUGCUCCAUCAUCUCCAAUAAAUGUGUUUGGAUAUCCAGCAACAUUUGCAUUUCACAUGUGGGAUCUUAUCACACUGUUUGGUUUCCCUCCUGCAUUUCAUUACACUCCAUCAUCCAGAGACCAGAGUUUCUUGAAGGACCUUAGAAGAGAGUUCGGUAAAUUUAUUAACAAUGAAUUUAAUCAAGAAGAUGCUCCAUGGAAAAAGUUUCCUAAAAGUACUGCUCUGUUCACAGACAGUGGUGUAAAGGUUCUUGAUAGCAAUGGUUAUCACAUAGAAGAGUGUGCAUUUUGGCUUAAUAAUGGGUUCUUUUCAUAUGGAUGGAUUAACUAAUUACAAUCUCUUAAAUUUAAGUAGAUUGUUUUGAACUGAGUGUAAAGAGAUACUGAAAAUUUUCUGCAUGCCAUUAAUCUUUAUUUCAUAUUUAUUAAUUUGACUCGUUCAUUCCCCCAGCUUCUUGAUUGGCUUUGUAGCCACUGUAGAACACAAAGUCUUUUUCUAUGCAUAGAUUGCAAUCUAGCUUUGGUGUUUACUUACUUUGCACCCUUUAACUCCCAGAAUCCCAUGAGUAAUUCUCCCUUUGAGCUUCUUUACAUUUCCUUGUAAACAAGACAGGAGAAUUUGGUGUUACAUCAUGAUAGCACCAUCUCCCUGUUAAGUUUGUAUGUUCUCAUAUCCUGUUUUCAAGAUAUCAUAUUGGCAUUGUAAGGAGAAAUUACAUGUAGAUAACUUCUGGGAGUGAAAGGAUUAAGAAAGCUAUGCAAUGUAUUUUGAGUGAUUUCUUUGAUAGAGUUACGACAAAGAAAAAAAUAUAUAUUUAUUUUUUUCUUUGUUGGGCAGUGAACACUCAAGUACUUCUAAAUUAGCAGAAACCAUUUUUCUAAAGCAGGGGGAAGCAGGGUCAUUACCUCAGAUUAAUGAUGAGUAAUCAUGAUUUAAUGGUGAAUAUAAAUUAUUUGGAUAUAUAUUGAUACUAUUACCUUAUUUAUGUAUUUUUUA